GUUUGGAGAUGACAACCAAAAGGAAAAUUAUUGGCCGCUUGGUGCCCUGCCGGUGUUUUCGUGGCGAAGAAGAAAUCGUCUCAGUGUUAGAUUACUCUCACUGUGGCCUACAGCAGGUGCCAAAGGAGGUUUUUAACUUUGAACGGACAUUAGAGGAGCUUUACCUAGAUGCCAAUCAAAUUGAAGAGCUACCUAAGCAACUGUUCAACUGUCAAGCUUUACGCAAACUGAGUAUACCAGACAAUGACCUUUCAAGUCUGCCAACCACUAUUGCUAGCUUAGUUAAUCUCAAAGAACUUGAUAUCAGUAAAAAUGGAAUUCAAGAUUUUCCAGAAAAUAUUAAAUGUUGUAAGUGUUUAACAAUUAUUGAAGCCAGUGUCAAUCCAGUCUCUAAGCUGCCAGAUGGCUUCACACAACUUCUAAAUUUGACCCAGCUCUAUCUAAAUGAUGCCUUUUUGGAGUUUCUUCCAGCUAACUUUGGAAGACUUGUCAAAUUGAGAAUUUUGGAGUUAAGAGAAAAUCACUUGAAAACUCUACCAAAGUCAAUGCACAAACUGACUCAACUGGAGAGACUUGAUCUGGGCAAUAAUGAAUUCUCUGAACUGCCUGAGGUUCUCGAACAAAUACAAAAUCUAAAGGAAUUGUGGAUGGACAAUAAUUCUUUGCAAAUACUACCUGGGUCUAUAGGGAAGUUAAAACAGCUCGUGUACCUGGAUGUGUCAAAAAACAGGAUAGAAACUGUUGAUUUGGACAUAUCAGGAUGUGAAGGACUUGAAGAUCUCCUGUUGUCAUCCAAUAUGUUGCAGCAACUGCCAGACUCUAUAGGACUGUUGAAAAGGCUUACAACUUUAAAAGUAGAUGACAAUCAGCUUACAAUUCUGCCAAAUGCAAUUGGAAAUUUAUCUUUAUUAGAAGAAUUUGACUGCAGCUGUAAUGAGUUGGAGUCCUUACCUUCUACCAUUGGCUACCUUCAUAACCUGAGGACGUUGGCUGUGGAUGAGAAUUUCCUUCCUGAGCUGCCCAGAGAAAUUGGAAGCUGUAAAAACGUAACAGUGAUGUCUCUGCGCUCUAACAAGCUAGAAUUUCUUCCUGAUGAAAUUGGUCAGAUGCAGAAGCUGAGAGUGUUAAAUCUGAGUGAUAACAGACUGAAGAAUUUACCAUUCACUUUUACUAAACUUAAAGAACUUGCAGCUUUGUGGCUUUCUGACAACCAGUCCAAGGCUCUCAUUCCACUGCAAACUGAGGCUCACCCAGAAACAAAGCAGAGAGUACUGACUAACUACAUGUUUCCCCAGCAACCCCGCAGUGAUGAAGAUUUCCAGUCAGACAGUGAUAGUUUUAACCCUACUUUAUGGGAGGAGCAGAGACAGCAACGUAUGACUGUUGCCUUUGAAUUUGAAGAAAAAAAGGAAGAGGAGGAAAAUGCAGGGAAAGUUAAGGUUGAAAUAAAUCUAAAACGUUAUCCCACUCCAUACCCUGAGGAUUUAAAGAAUAUGGUAAAAUCAGUUCAAAAUCUGGUGGGCAAAACAAGCCAUGGAGUACGGCCUGAGAACUCAACACCAACUGCGAACAGUGAACAAACUGUGAAAGAAAAGUAUGAGCACAAGUGGCCCAUGGCACCAAAGGAGAUUUCAGUGGAGGAUGCCUUUGGACAUCCUGCCAGUGAGAUGAGGAUAGGGGAACUUCGUCCUUCCAUGCCAGAGACUCCGUUGUACCCACCCAAACUUGUUCUUCUGGGUAAAGACAAGAAAGAAUCGACAGAUGAGUCUGAAGCAGAUAAGAUCCAUUGUCUGAAUAACAGCGUUUCCUCAGGCACUUACUCAGACUAUUCCCCUUCCCAGGCUUCCUCAGGGUCCUCCAACGCGCAUGUUAAAAUGGGGUCCUUGCAGACAACGGCUAAAGAAGCAGUGAAUAACUCUUUGUGGGGGAACAGGUUGGCACAGUCAUUUCCACAGCCCCUUGAAACAAAGCCAUUGCUGAGCCAACGGGAAUCUGCGCCGGUGGGGAACCUGCCACAGCGCACCGACAGGCGCCCGCUGAGCGAAACGUUCGCCGACAGCUGGAAUGACAGCUCACACUACGAUAACACAGGGUUUGUUGCAGAGGAGAGCACGGUGGAGAAUCCUAGUGCUAACCCCCUCCUGAGCACGAAAUCCAGAAGCACAUCUGCACAUGGACGCAGGCCGUUGAUUAGACAAGACAGGAUAGUUGGCAUUCCCCUGGAGCUGGAGCAGCCGACGCUCAGAAACACACACGAAUCUGAAGUGCCUCCUCCCAAUCCUUGGCAAAAUUGGACCCGAACCCCUAGUCCUUUUGAAGACAGGACAGCUUUUCCUUCCAAACUGGAAAGCACCCCCACCACCAGCCCUUUGCCUGAGCGAAAAGAUCAUGUCAAAGAGUCUCCUGAAAUGACUAGCACUUUCACCCCAGGAAUAGCAUGGGAAUAUCAUGAUUCAAAUGCUAACAGAAGUCUCACAAAUGUCUUUUCCCAUAUCCACUGUCGCCCAGAUCCUUCCAAAAGCGUUGUUUCAAUCAGCAAGAGUACAGAGCGGCUUUCUCCGAUGAUGAGGGAUUUAAAAACUAACAAAUUUAAGAAGUCACAAAGUAUCGAUGAGAUAGACAUUGGUACAUACAAAGUGUAUAAUAUACCUUUAGAAAACUAUGCAUCUGGUAAUGAUACUGUAGGAACCCACGAGAGGGUGGACAAGCUCCUGGGCCCAGAGCACGGCAUGCUGAGCAUGUCCCGCAGCCAGUCGGUCCCCAUGCUGGACGACGAGCUGCUGACCUACGGCAGCGUCAAGGUGCAGCCGCAGCAGAAGUCAUCCGUCACGAAGAAAGUCUACCAGUUCGACCAAAGCUUCAACCCACAGGGAGCAGUGGAGGUCACAGCGGAGAAGAGACUACCGCCGCCUUUCCAGCUCAACCCCGAGUACAUUCCCCAGCAGAGUAAAAACCUGCCCCAGGAUCUGGUCAGCCCGAGGGCUUACCGCGGCUACCCCCCCGUGGAGCACAUGUUCUCCUUCUCCCAGCCGUCGGUGAACGAGGAGGCGGUUGGUGCCCCCUUUGCGAGCCAGGGGUCUCGGACGGGGUUCCUGAGGAGAGCGGAUUCGUUGGCCAGUUCCACCGAGAUGUCCAUGUUCAGGAGAGUCAGUGAGCCCCACGAGCUGCCCCCGAGCGACAGGUAUGGCAGGCCUCCGUACCGAGGAGCUGUGGAGCGCCAGAGCAGCAUCUCGGUCUCUGAGUCUCAGUUCCUCAAGAGGAACGGCAGGUACGAAGACGAGCAUCCUUCCUACCAGGAAGUGAAAGCCCAGACUGGAAGCUUUCCAGUUAAAAACCUUACACAAAGGAGGCCGUUGUCUGCAAGAAGCUACAGUACAGAGAGUUACGGCACAUCCCAAACCAGGCCGGUUUCAGCGAGGCCUACAAUGGCAGCUCUGCUGGAAAAGAUACCAUCAGACUAUAACUUGGGUAACUAUGGCGACAAGCCUUCCGAUAACAGUGAUAUAAAGACAAGGCCUACCCCUGUGAAGGGAAAUGAGAGCUGUGCUAAAAUGCCCGCUGACUGGAGACAACAGCUACUUAGACAUAUAGAAGCUAGAAGGUUAGACAGGACCGCUGCUUACAAACACAACACAGUUAGCCUUGGCAUGCUGCACUCUGGAGGUUUUUCAGCAAUGCAUGCCGGCAGAAGCAUGACUUUAAACUUGCAGACUAAAUCUAAAUUUGAAAACCAAAUGCUUCAAGAGCUACCUCUACCGAAAACCCCGUCGCAGCAGAGCAGCAUUCUGGACAACGGGCAGGAGGAGAUGUCUGUGAGCAGCCAGUGGAACCCCUACCCGCUGGGGCGGCGGGACGUGCCGCCGGACACCGUCACAAAGAAGGCAGGUAGCCAUAUCCAGACUCUAAUGGGAUCACAAAGCCUACAGCAUCGGAGCCGCGAGCAGCAGUAUGAAGGAAACAUGAACAAAGUCACCAUUCAGCAGUUUCAGCCACCACUGCCUAUUCAGAUUCCCUCUUCGCAGAGCUCUCGAGCCCCUCAGACAGGGCGGUGUUUAAUCCAAACCAAGGGUCAGAGAAGUACGGAUGCCUAUCAGGAGCAGUUUUGUGUGAGGAUAGAGAAGAAUCCUGGCCUUGGUUUUAGUAUCAGUGGUGGAAUAAGUGGACAAGGAAAUCCAUUCAAACCUUCUGAUAAGGGUAUCUUUGUUACUAGGGUUCAGCCUGACGGACCAGCAUCCAGCCUGCUCCAGCCUGGCGAUAAGAUCCUCCAGGCAAAUGGACACAGUUUUGUACAUAUGGAACAUGAGAAAGCUGUAUUACUACUGAAGAGUUUCCAGAAUACAGUAGACCUAGUUAUUCAACGUGAGCUUACUGUCUAAAUAUUUUUUUAUAAAUAGUAAAUACAUCUAGCCAGAUCUAAUGUUCAAACAGAUUUAUACAUAGGAAACAAAUUUUUGCCAAUUGCUGGACCAAUGGCAAACAGUAGUGCCAAAUGUAUAAUACUAUAUGUUAGUACCAAUCAUCUUGAAAAAAAAUAUAUUAACUAUAUAAAUAUAUUGUUCAUGUGG